UUUUAUUUUCAAUUUACUUGUACAUUGUUUAGUUUUAUUAAUAAACGACUGCUAGGCAACUAUCUUCAAUAUACACAUUUGGGACUAAAAAAUAUAUUUUAAAGCCAGUUGGUGUAAAAAUAAGUAAUAAAAAAUAUAUAAAAUGGAUACCGAAGGCGAUUACGAUGAUAGGCGUAUUACAGAUGUGGGCGAUGCAGCUGACUUGUUAAUAGUUGAGGAUGCAACUGAAGAAGUAGGCCCAAAUUUGCCUGUAACGUCAUAUCGGAUGAAACCCUCUUUAAGAGAACUUUUUCCAGCAUCACAUAUCAAAAGUAUUAUUCAGUCCACAAUAUAUGAUAAACUUCAAGGGAAAGUAUAUAAUGCAGAUGACGCUCGUAAGUGGACUCGGGAGAUUUCUGAUGAAGUCAGUGCCGCAGUAAAAGAUAUUGUUCAAAUGCCCCGUUUUAAGCAUGUUGUACAAGUAACAUUGGGUCAGCAGCUGGGUGCUGGUUGCCGGUAUAUAGCGAAGUGCUGUUGGGAUGCCGAAGCUGACUCCCAUACAUCCGAUGUAUUUACGAAUGCCAGCUUAUUUUGUGUUUGUACCGUAUUUGGUGUAUAUUUAUAUUAAUUACUCAUAUAUAGUAUACAUAAAACAAGUGUCAUAUUCAAAACACAAGUUAGCUUAAUAUCAGACAAUGUACAAACAGUACAACUCUUGUAAAUUGUACGAAUGAUCCGUAGGUGGGACGCCACACCUUAGCUAAAUGAGUCCUCGUCGCUUCUUCUUAGUUAAUAGUUUUAGGAAAUUUUGUUUGAGAGUAAAAUUUUGAAAGUAAAUUGCACCAUUUUCUUGAAAGAUGGUGUAUCUGUACAUCUGUUGCGCUUUUCUCCCAAGUGAGAUAUAUUAUACAUAAUAAUUAAGGUUGAUCUAAAAAUUGUGUCUUACAUGUUUAUGUGGGAGGCAAUAGUAGCACUUCAAAAUUGUAUUCUUUGGAUAAUGAAUUGUUGCAAAUGUUUUUAUAUAUUACAACAACGAUAACUAAAUACAAUCAAGAAAAUGUU